UCAGCUCCAAGUAUAAGAACGAGCAAUGUUUCCGUCACAUGGAGGCGCCAUUGAUACACAGAAAGUGGAACAGUCCUUUCAAACCAAAAAACACGACAACUCACAACAGCUUUUGGGUUAAGUGGGUUAAGGACAGCCCCACUUACACAAACAUGUAAUGAUAAUGGAUUAAUAGAGGACUUGGCCAGAUGGUUGAGUCUAUAAAAGAUUGUGAUUGAAUUGUUCAGGUAUUGUCCACUCAACGAGGUAGAUGAGCAUGGCCAUAAUCACUACAUAUUUAGACCAGACUGUAUAGCCUACAAAAGAUUAGACUCUAGUUAAGGUUGGCGAGUUAGUGGAAUCUUCUUGUGUAAAAAAGAACAAGACGCUGACAAAAUUGGCAAUUGUUUUGUGGAAACCUGUAAAGGUAUUUCAUGGGUUAAAAAGACGUAGGAUUUUUCAGCUGUGCUCAAGUCCAGUAAGGACUUUAGGGGGGAUUCAUCACAUGCCUCUUGAGUUCCUCUGUGAAACGCACAGUGAGUGGAGUGCCGCCUCUGACAAAACUGAGGAAGGAGGAGAAAGCAGACUGGUCGACUCGUAGCAUCGGUGGACAACACUGGAGCCACCAACUGGUUUACACAGAUUAUAAUCAUUCGUGAGUGAUCGUACAGCUCGUCUUAAGCUACUGCUGGAUAGUGACAGCAAGAUCAAAAUGCUCCAAAAAUUGGCUUUUAAUCUUGAAAUCAACGGAUUUUCAUCAGGAAACAAAAGCAUUUAAUACGUGGCCAGAUAGGACAAGUGCUGACUAUUGACUCCGACAUCCUGAACGAAGUUUUCCAACUGCUAGGUUGCUUUACUUACAUUUCACGAAGACUUGUCAAGAGAGUUGCUGUUUUAAGAUGUUGAAAAGUACGGGCUAGUUUCCCCCAGGGCAACCAGGGUGCAGGUGUUCACAGAAAUGGCAUUUGUUUAUCCAGAAAGCCAGCAACUGCGCAUUUCCUCAAUCUACUUCAAAUAGAUCAGCUGGACCAGAAUCAGGGUCAGAAUCAGAAUCAUGAGGAACCUGCAGACUCUGUUGCUGCUGUUUUGUCUGCAUAAGGUCACGAGCCGCAAAGUGCAAAUUCCAGAAGCAGAGCUGCUAGAAUGGGAGGAGAGCGAUAAUGAGGAGAAUGUCUCCCCCCAAGGGGCCAGUCCCCGGAUUUUAAACCCCCUGCGUCUCUUUGCCAGGGGAACUCCUGGACUCAAAAACAACAUGAGGGAAAUGACAUAUUUAGAAAACAUGGAGGACUUUUGGGACUGGUUAUCUAACCAGACAGAUGUUCAGGAGACGCAAACGAGAACUAAACGGAGGCCCAUCGUGAAAACUGGGAAAUUCAAAAAGAUGUUUGGCUGGGGCGAUUUCCACUCCAACAUUAAGACCGUGAAACUAAAUCUUCUCAUCACGGGCAAGAUCGUGGACCAUGGAAACGGCACAUUUAGCGUGUACUUUCGGCACAACUCCACCGGGCUGGGCAAUGUGUCUGUGAGCUUAGUCCCCCCGUCCAAGGUGGUGGAGUUUGAGUUUGCACAGCAGUCCACCCUCGCCACCAAGGACACCAAAUCUUUCAACUGCCGCAUUGAGUACGAGAAAACAGACCGCAACAAGAAGACUGCUUUGUGCACCCUGGACCCAGCCAAGGUUUGCUACCAAGAGCAGACACAGAGUCAUGUCUCCUGGCUCUGCUCAAAGCCCUUCAAGGUCAUAUGCAUCUACAUCGCCUUCUAUAGUGUUGACUAUAAACUGGUCCAAAAGGUUUGCCCUGACUACAAUUACCAUAGCGACACACCCUACUCCUCCACAGGAUAAUGUUGGAGUUGUGUGAUGGCUGCCACCUAAUAGUAGCUAGGAGGGAACCUUGGUGAACCACCAUGACCCUGAAACAUCAUCAGCACCAUGUGUUCUCCUCGAUUCGAGGGCAAUUAAAAUUGACCAGAUGUUUUUUAUUAGGCUAGACCACAGGCAUGUGUUCACAGAUUAAAACGGGCUUUUUUUGCCAGUAGACCGUCAAAACAACAUUGACACCAAGUACAUGCUGAUUUCAAGGUUUUAUGGAACUAUUCUAGAGGAGUAAAUAGUGACUUUGAAAACAUUGGUCUGCUACUGUGAUUUUUUUUCUGAAAGAAGGCUUAUUAUGCAUAGUAUUUUUAAAUAGUCAUCAUCUUUACCAGUGUCAUGUGAAGUAUUAGCUAUGAAAUUAGCAAUGACCAGAAACAACUAGGGAAUAGGACCAUUAGAUUCUCUGUCUGUGCUUUGGACAUUUUGGUUUGUUAGACUUUUAAUUAUUGUAUUCAGAAUUCAUUUUCACCAGUAAUUCUGUAAAGCGUUGAAAUCCUGUGAAGUCACUAUUGCUAUUAGAGUGUGUGCAUAUAACCUCAGAGUUUAUCCUGUUCCAAUUGUGCAAUAUUUCCUUUUACAUUACACCUUUAGUAGGAUAUUGCCGAUGGGUUUCAUACAAGACCCUACAUGCAAGGAGUUUCAGGUGUCUCACAAGGGCACAAUUCACAGGACAGGUGGAUUUAGUGAAUCUGGCAGCCAAUUAACAAUGCUUUGUCAUGGUUCUGCCACAGAGCCUGACAUUUCCAGGCUUUAAUUAACAUUAAUUAUACUGAGAAAUUUCACUUACAAACCAUGACUGAGGCAGCCCAAGCAAAAAAAUUAAAUUUAGUGUGUCACUCAUGUAGAAACUGCAUAAUGUGAGCUUAAACCAAGCCUUAUGCUGUCACUGUGGACCUGUUAAGUAUCCCAAAUAGUGUAAAGGGAAAGAUUUUUGAGAAAUGGGUGAAAAAAAGAGCAUUUUCGUUUUAGCUUUCUGGUGCAUUUUUAAAAGUGAGAGACAGAGGCAAAAUCACAUUAUAGUGUUUAUGUUGCUGUCCAAUCACUAAAAACUGUCCUUGAAAAACCAACCAGAGCUUGGAAUUCUCAGGUUCUAAACCCUCAAUGCCAAAUAGGAGAGAGAUUAUUGUUGUUCAGUUCAAGGCGGCUCACACAUUUGUGGGCCAAGACCAAGUGCCGUGAACCAAAAGCAAGUCAAUCAUUUCAGCAUUUCAGUCAUGCAAAAUCAUAUAAGUUGGCAAGUGAGCUUUGCUUUAUCCCUGGUGUUUAUCUCUUAAAAAUGCAAAUAGCACUCCCAAACAGCAGUAACAUGGUUUUUCCAUUGCCUAUAAUAAUGUUCAGCCCUUAACCUUCUUUGUACAAUUCAGUGUGUGGUGUGUGCAUUGAAAUGACAAAACUGUGUUUACACUAGCCUAUUAAGUUAAUGGGUAUUUAUUUUUAUUUCCAAAAACAAAUAUAUAAAUGACUGUAUAAACUGGUAGAUAGCCUACUUUGGUGUUUAAUAGUGGUAUCAUAUAGAUGUAGACUCAUGAAGCUUAAUUGAAGAUGAAUAUAUUGCAUUAUUUUUCUAUAUUGUGGUCAAUAGUAUGCCUUUAUUUUCUCCUGUUAUUCUAUUGUGGUCCUUAUCUCCAGAAAAAUAAUGUACCAAUAUCUUGCAUCUGAUCAGUAAACAUUUUGUCAUUUCUAACA